UUGUUUUAUUGGAACAUUACGGCGCUUAACGACUUCCAAAAAAUCGCUAAUGCGGUAUCGGAUUUAAAUAUUGUUUCCAGUAAUUGAUCAAUCAAAAGCGAUUCUCUUUUAUAUCGUUAGAUUUGUGGAUCUUUAUUGCCCCGCAGUUGCAGGUUUGCAAAUCGGAAUUAAAUAUACAAAAGGAAUCAGCAUGGGAUGCAGAUUCGGCAAAACCGUACCAUCUGUUAAAGAUCAGAACGAUCAGACAGAUCCACCUCCUCCGGCUCCUACCGACCCGAGAAUCCCUUUGACUGCCAAGCAAUGUUUUUCUAUAUCAAAAUCAUGGAAGGGAAUAGCCAGGGCGAUGGAACCCACGGGAAUUAAUAUGUUUGUCAAACUCUUUCAAGAUAAUGAAGAUUUGCUGGAUUUAUUCGAAAAAUUUCAGUCUCUGAAAAUAUCAGAAUCGAACUUCGAGAGUAUGGAAUUAGCGCAGCACGCUUCUAUCGUUAUGUCCACGUUAGACGAAAGUAUAAGGUCUUUAGACAACGUCGAUUAUCUCUUGGAUUAUCUACAUUCUGUGGGAAAAUUGCAUCACAAAAUACCCGGAUUUCAAAGGGAAUACUUUUGGAGAAUUGAGAAACCUUUCCUGGCAGCGGUCCAAGAAACGUUGGGAGACAGAUAUACAGAAAACAUGGAAACUAUUUAUAAAAUAACAAUUCAUUUUAUCUUGGAAACAGUAAUUGCGGGAUACGACAUGGGACCAGAAACGAAUCAAAAUAGCCUUUAGUCUGUUAUUUAACGGUCGUUCGUCAUUUUGUUACGUGUUGUCGGAAAGAAGAACGUCUGCUGUGAUAAAUGUAUAUUGGGUAUGCUCCUUUCGUCGAUUCGAAUGCUAUUUGCAUCAAAUUAAAGAUGCCCAGAGGCAUAAUUCUGUGUUUGCUUUUAAAUAAACGCGUUAUUAUAACUAUUUAUACAAAAAUAAUGCUAUUUUCUUUAAAUUUCUUAAUUAUCCAAUCACGAGCGUAUUACCUAUCGCGUUAGUUUAAAUAUUGUUGUAUUAUUGGUCGUUGCAGUAACCAAUGUUUUGCUAUAUAUUAAAAACGUCACCGUUACGUAAAAAGAAAUUGAAAUACGCAAUCGUACGUAUCGUUAAUUCGUGUGAUUACUGCUAUAUUUUUUAUAAAAAAAGAAAUUUAAAUAUUAUUAAAUAUACACUGUAUAUAAAUGUAGAAGCGUAAUUUGUUUAAAAAUUACAAUAUUAAAUGAAUAUUCUACACGUUACUUUUAUUAAUUUUUUUAAAAAUUAAAUUUCGAUUUUAUUAUUAUUUAAUACAGUAUAUUGUAAUGACGUCGAUCGAUAAUAUCGUUGCCAUAGUGGAGGAGGGAUAGAUUUAUACACGAUAAUCUGUAUGACGUCGAAUAAUUUAUGGUUGCCGGGAGGUAGAGAAGAGCAUUUUCGAUAAUUCUGACAUCUUAUUUAUCGAAAGUAAAUAAGAAAAAGUGGAAUUUGUCGACGGUAGAUGAGUAAAAUAUUAACAGGGAUUGAGUAAGAUAUAAUAAAUUGCACAGUGGAAACAUUUAUGUCUUCAUCCAUUCCUGUUUAAAUAAUUCGAUUUUUGUAUUCAAAAUAAGAAAGACAUUUUAAAAAAAGAAUUUAAUCCACGACAAUUCAAUAUUUUAAAGUCCUUCUAUGGACAGAUUUGAUAUAUUAUCGGAUGAAGUGGAUUUUUAUUAUGAUCAAUGAAAUUUCCUUCCGCUCUUGUCUUGUGGAUGUGGAAAUAUCCUUUGAAAAUAUCGGGAUCGAAUGACCUGUUUGAUGCGUAAUUCGAUAAGCAUUUGUUAUUAUAUCUUGUAUUAUUAUUUUUUUUUAUAUAAGAGACGGCAAAACAAUUUUUUAUCCGGGAAAAAGUCAGUUGUAUCGAUCCGGUAGGCCACAUUAUAUUUGAUAUCAAUGCAACGUCAUUUUUCCUAUUCCUUUAUAGUGCUACUUUGGAGACUUAUAACACGUAUAAAUAAAUGUAUACGGGUUGUAAAAAUGUUCUGGACAAUUUUUGUAACUUUUCUUAAACUUAAAAAUUGCUAUAAAACGUCCUUGGCAUUCAACUGAUAUCAUUUUAUUACCGUUGACUUACUCUGAUUUAAGAGAGCAAUUGAUCGAUAUAAAACAGAUUUAAUAAUGUAAAUGCGACUCGUAUAGUAUAAUUUAAAACGGAAAAUAAUAAAAUGCAUUGUU